AUAACGCAUGUGGUUGACAUAGCCAACCUAAAUGGUGCAUUAGUAUAUAUAUCAACUUGCCACGCAAUUGGUUACAGUGGGUAGUCAUAGUCUUAGAGUGUAUUGUAAAAUCGAAAAAUAAAUUAAACUAUAUAUUUUUUAUCAGGUCAAAUAAUGGGAAUAUAGCACCACUAUAACCAGUCUUAGUGCUUUACACGAGUAGGCAUUUUUUCCCUCUAUUGGAAACUAAUUUAAAUAUUUUGGAUUUUGAAGAAAUGGCAAUCAACAUAGACACUGAAUUCGAGAAAUCUAACCUGGGAGAGAACGGUCGCGCACCCGCCAACGAGUCUCUGGAGACGGAGAAACUUCUCAGCCCCGUGACCACCGAGCCCGCUGGCGGCAACGGUAUGAAAAUGUCCUCCUCCUUCACAGUCAAUGUGGGGAGCGACAAAAACCUGGAUGUAGACCAGAACGGCCACAGUUUGCCCUUUAGGUCGGGCUCUGCAGGGCACCUUGCCGCUGCCCCCCUUUCCCCGUCCCGGGUCAGUUUGAGUCGCAGUUGCACAUCUUCCAUCGGAAACGCCGCGGUCCAAGAAGCGCAAAAGCCCAAAGACUACCUCAUACUGGUCAUAUUGUCCUGCUUCUGCCCUGUCUGGCCCGUCAGCAUUGUUGCUUUGUUAUUUUCAAUUAUGUUUACAGAUGACCUGCUAGAAAUAGGCCGGAGAGGGAGCACACGGGACAGUACCCCCUCCAGCAGCAGGACACCGACUAAAACGAUCCUGGGGAUCAGGACCAGACCGGUCACCUCUGCUGAGGCCCGGGAACAUGUCAAUGUGGCUGAGGUGAGGGAGCAUAGCGACCUAGAGCGCCGGAGAGAGAGCACACGGGACAGUACCCCCUCCCCGGCGAGCGGCCCCAGCCACAGGACGCCAUCCAAAGGGACGAUCUCGGGGAUCAGGAUCGGACCGGUCGCCACCCCGGUUGCUGUGGCCGAGGCACGGGAACCUGUUCACCCAGCUGAGGCAUGGGAACCUGUCAAGCCGGGCUGA